AUGUACAACGGAAACUUGAGUACCACUGGGAAUUCAGCUGAUAUCAGAGUCAAAUUCCAAGCAAAUGCAUCAUCAUAUGGAAAUAUUGUAGCCAUAAACUGCAUUAUAAACGGGAUCAUGAUGCUUGUCUCCAUUCUAGGGAACUGUUUGGUCUCCAUCGCCAUAUGGAAGACAUCAUCACUUCGGUCUCCUUCCACAAUGUUUCUUUUUAGUUUGGCUAUUUCUGAUCUUCUGGUCGGUUUAAUAGUUCAGCCAGUUUACAUCGCCAAAUCUCUAAUAGAUGUGUAUUUCCUUCAAAUUCUUACAGCCCUGAUGGCGUUUGCUGCAUGUGGGGUAUCGCUCGGCACAAUGGCCGCCAUUAGCCUUGAUCGAUUCUUGGCCCUCCAUUAUCACUUACGAUACAACGCAUUGAUGACGUCGUUUCGUGCUACAUCUGCGUUAUUGACCAUAUGGAUUACAACUUUUCUUCUAUCGUGUUUGAUAUUUUGGGACUCUUCAAUCUACAUUGCCGUUUUGACCAUUUUAAUCAGUGCGUAUCUGAUAACCUCGGCUAAUUUUUACGUUAGAAUUUAUCAGAUUGUUCUUAAGCAUCGUUCACAGAUUCAACAUCGAGAACCUGGUAAUCAACAGCUUUCAGUCGGGCAACUCUCUAGUCAGAAAAAGUUGAUCGGAAGCGCUCUGAGCACGUUUGUAUUUUAUAUCUGUACUGUUACUUGUUAUCUACCAAGGUUUAUCUCAUUAACACUUACAGAUACCAACACAUACAAGAAGACAGCUUGGAUCUUGGCGGAUACCCUGAUAUUUUUGAACUCAGCUAUAAAUCCUCUUUUGUAUUGUUGGCGUCUACCUGAUCUCCGUGCUGCAGUUGUUAAAGUAUGGAGGGAAUUUUUCGGCAUGCAAGAUUAA